AUGCGCAUGAACUUGUUUCUCGCCUCUGCACUCGCGGCUUUGGCUACUGCUGCCGAACCCAGCACAACUACCGUCAGCUAUUUCGGAGUCGAGGCCGAUCUGCCGUAUGUCAACCUAGGCAGUUAUACCAGCACCGCUGCCCGCGUCGCUGGCAUCGACAAGUACGCCACAACCUACGAGAUAGCCUGCAUGAAAGAUGCAGACAAGUGCGCAAUCCACCACCCCCUGACCUUGGUCCAGGGCCCUACCACCUUCAGCUUCUCCGGUGAAGUGACCGUCACUACUGCAGGUGGUACUGGAGUUGCAACCAACGUCAUGGCAUGCUCCUUCACCCACAGCUCUGAGUCUGUUUCCUGCUCAUGGAGUGCUGCUAUCACCGCCUCUGUUCAAGGCUACACUACUUCCAUUUCUGCUUCUGAUUCAAGUACCUCCAUCGAGCCUACGUCCGUCAGCUAUAGUGCUUUGACUGUCACCGAUGGUAUUUACGCUUUCACUGCCGAUGCGACGGCUUCUGCUUCCGCUGUCCAGAUCACGGCCACUGGAGCCGCUGCUGCUGCGAAGCCUUUGAUAACGGCUGCGCCAUUAGGAGCUGCUGCUGCCGCUGCCUUUGCGGCCAUGUUCUAA